AUGGCACGUUUAAGAGGAUUUGAUGUUUUAACUGUUGCUGUAGUGAGUGCAGCGAGUGUCUACAUGGGUAUAAACUUCUUCCAACCCAUUGUACUGCAACAACUAGACAAGAACGGUGGUCUAAGACCAGACAUUGAUGUGGAUACUCUCAAACAAUUGCAAGUGCCCACUACUGAAAGAUCCAACCAGGACGCUCAACGUAUUUUGAAAGAGGAUGAACAAGACCUCGUUAGGGGUUUGGAACCAAGCCCUAGGGAGAAAUGA